AUGCAUUAUCCUAUUUGGAAGUCAAAAAUGAAUCCUUCAGUACAUUAAGCNGAUAUGCAAUUUUAUUCAACCAGAAAUUCUCCAAUUUCAAUGUCCAUAUAAGGAAAGAAUGUCCUUAAUGUAAAUUUUUUAAAUAUCACAAUUUUUAAUAUAACUUUUGAUAAUUAAGUACUUUUUAAUAUUGUUUGUACAGAUUAGAGCGAUUACAUAAUAAUUAAUAAUUUUCACGUUAAGAAUUGUUUAUUUACAAAUUCUACUUUAUUUUAAUUUUAAAAUGCUAGAAGAAGAAUACAAAUAGAAAAUUUAAUUAUUGAUUCAUGUGAAUUUUAUAAUUCAUCAAUUGUGCGUUUAAAUCAAGUUCAGAAUCUAUUAACUAACAUUAUUAUUAAUAGUAUGUCUAUUAAAGAUUCUAUAUUUAAUAAUAUAAAUCUUAUAAAUAGCAUUGAAAAAACUAUUCUAACAAUCAACAAUAUUUAAAUUAUGUCAAAUUAGCUUAUCAAUUCAAAAUUCAUCAUUUUUAAUUACAAAUUUUAUUGCAAUGAUAUUUUCAUGAAGGAUAAUCAGCUUAUAUCAAGUUAGUUUAUUUCAUAGAUCUCAUCACUACUCUUAAGUUCAGAAAUUUAGAUGAAUAAUAUUAAGAUAAGGAAAAAUAUAAUAUAACAUUUUUCUUUAUUUGCUACAGAAUAAAAAUAAUCAACAUCAUAAGUAACAUAUUUGUUAGAAAACCUUUAUUUUGAAGAUAAUACUCUAUCUUGUUAUUAAGAGUAGUUUCUUAUAACGAUUAACUGCCAUAGCUUAGUUAUUUAAAAUAUCUUUUUAAGAAAUACUACAAAUUAUCGUUUCAUAUCAUUAUUAGCUGUUCCAUUUAUAAGAAUUCAAAAUGCCAUAUAUGAAAAUUUGCAUCAAGCCUAAAAAGUUCAAACAUCAUCAAAUUGUUUUAGCCAUUGUUUUUCUCACUCCUAAUUAUUAUAAGUUUCUGGAUUCAGUAACAUCUCUCUUAAUCAAAUUACAAUAAAAAAUUAGUUUAGCAUAGAUUAAUCAAUAAUUUCAAUAUAAUCCAAUCCUUUGAUUACGUUAAAUUCAAAUGACUAUAUAUAAAUUACAAAUGUGGAAUUUAUGGGAAAUAUGUUAUUAAAAUAAAAUUUAGGAAUAUUUUUUCUCUAAUUCUGA